AUGACGUCGGAGGAAGCUCGGGAAUGCUUUCAAACGAACAAGGACACAGCCUUGACAGCCUAUAGUCACUUAGUAGAGCAGUCAAUGGCACGCGCGGCGUUUCUCCUCGAUGAUGAACUGAGCACAUUGCAGGCGCUAGUUCUUUUUCUGACGAUUAAUCGACUAUGCGGCAAGCCCGGUGUUGCAUGGAAGCUGACGGGACUGGCAAAGCGGUCGGGAGUAUUUCGCAAAUCCAAUUUAACAAUCUAUGAACGUGAGAUGAGAGCCCGGUUGUGGUGGAACCUGUGGUACCUAGAUCAUCGAGCAGUCAAGGAUCUCGGGGAAGAGGAUGUAAUCGACAAAGAGGCCUUUCCAGAACUGCCUUUAAACAUCGAUGACGCCGACCUUGAUCCAAAUGCCACGAAAGUACCCACUCCGCGAGAAGGUUGGACUGAAGUGACAUUCGCUCUUGUUCGCUUCGAAAUUGCCAUGACACGACGCCAAUUGCAUGAUCAGAUUGAUUUGAACCAAAAAGAGCGUCUCAUACAAGCAUGUGAGACCAGGAUCCAUGACCUGUAUCUCCGACACAGCAAUGAGAUGGAACCAAUUCAAUGGCUAGCUCAACAUGUGGCGCACGUCCUCAUCAUGGAGAUGUGGUUUGAGCUGUACAGUGCCGACACUAUUCCCAUAAACAAUUGGUCGCAGCAUGUGCAGGACCGACUCUUUCUGCUAGCGAUUGACAUCGUCGAUGUUUCUGCGCGGUUAAAAAUAGAGCCACAAUCUCAGCAGUGGAGUUGGCUGCUGACGGGAUACCAACAGUAUCGCCCACUAGCCUUUUUGCUGAACGAGCUGUGCUAUCGAGAGGAGUGCGAGGCGGUGGAUCACGCAUGGAAAGUGGUGGAGGACGCGGUCACUCGCUGGCCCGAUCAGCUGCGCGCCUCCAUGAGCGGGAAGGUCCUGGCUGGCCUGAGGCAGAGGGCCAGAAGAGUGCAGUUGCAAAUCACGCAGCGUCAGUAUUCGGGUGAAGUCUAG